CUCUAACAGCCGGAGUUGGCAGAUUAUAGGAAGAUGUUAAAUAUAAUGUUACAGAUGAUUCCUGGAAAGAGGGUUUGCCUGAUCAAGAGAAAAUUAGUAAAAUAGGUUUUUCACUGGAAUCUCAAGAUGAGAGGUGACUGGAAUAAGACAUUCCGAAUGCUGAGACGAAUUGGCAGAGUUCGUAAUCUAUCCCGAUCACUGUAAAUGAUUUUAAGAAUAGCAGAUGCUCUAAUCAUCACACAACCAGCUGUCCUGAUGUAAUGAUCCAGAAUUGUCAGAGAAAAUCAGAAAUGAUGUCAAGCCAACCAGUCAAUAUUGUUGAUAGUGGCAAGCGCAACAAGAAGAAGAAAAAAGCCAGAGCAUUGGACAGCUUUACUGGGAAGUUUGAAGACUUGUACAGGCUGACUGAUGAACUAUUAGGAGAAGGAACUUAUGCAAAAGUCCAAGGCUGUGUUAAUCUGCACACUGGAAGAGAAUGUGCUGUUAAGGUCAUUGAGAAGAAGUCCGAUCUGAGCCGAAGUAGGGUGUUCCGUGAAGUUGAGACUUUAUAUCAAUGUCAGGGAAACCAGAAUAUUUUAGAGCUGUUCGAAUUUUUUGAGGAUGAAGCACAUUUUUACCUGGUGUUUGAAAAAAUGCGUGGAGGCUCCAUCCUAACACACAUUCAAAGAAGAAAGCACUUUAAUGAAAGAGAAGCAAGUAUUGUUGUGAAAGAGAUCGCAGCUGCCUUGGAUUUUUUGCAUAACAAAGGUAUAGCACACAGAGAUCUGAAGCCAGAGAACAUCCUUUGUGAAUUUGCAGAAAAGAUAAGCCCAGUGAAAAUCUGUGAUUUUGAUCUUGGUAGUGGGGUGAAGCUAAGCAGUGCCUGUACUCCUAUAACCACUCCUGAGUUGAUGACUCCGUGUGGUUCUGUGGAAUACAUGGCUCCUGAAGUAGUAGAGACAUUUACAGAAGAAGCAUCAUUUUAUGAUAAGCGUUGUGAUCUAUGGAGUCUUGGAGUAAUUCUGUACAUCAUGCUGAGUGGAAACCCACCCUUUGUGGGGAAUUGUGGAACGGACUGUGGCUGGGACAGAGGAGAGGCCUGUAGAGCUUGUCAGAACAUGCUGUUUGAGAGUAUACAGGAAGGUAAAUAUGACUUCCCAGAAAAGGACUGGGCACAUGUUUCCAGUGGCGCUAAGGAUUUGAUUUGUAAGUUGUUGGUACGUGAUGCAAAGGAUAGACUCAGUGCUUCACAAGUUCUUCAACAUUCUUGGGUCCAGGGGAAUGCCCCAGAAAGGCGUCUGCCCACACCACAGCUUCUGCAGAGGAACAGCAGUACAAAGGACCUGACUCAUUUUGCUGCUGAAGCUAUUGCCUUCAACAGACAGCUGUCACAGCAGGAUGAGGAGAUGCAGGGAGAGCAGGAAGCUAUCAUCAAGACUGUUUGUUCCAUGCGACUUUCUCCUCCCUCCAGUUCCAGGCUUGCUAAACGAAGGGCCAAGACACAGGCCGCAAAAUCUCCCCAACAGCAGUUAGCCACUUCAGGAAUGAGUGUCAAUAAUGGUGCUUCAUGAUUUAUGUUUUUAUCUAAUGUCAAGCUGCCAUGGCAUCAUAUACCUAGUUCAGGAAUCAAACCAUGCUUGCUUUACUAUGGGAUUUGCACAGGGUUUGUUACACUUGAGAAUAUUUAUUUACUGAAAACUAAAUAAUGCUGCUUAGUCUGUGGCACUCUGCAGUUAAUUUUAAUAUUUUUGUACAAGGCACCCUUAUUUGAUUAUAUUUUUAAACUGCGUGCGAAUUAUUAUGAGAGGAGUUUAUAAUAUUUAUUUUUCUCUUGAGCAUUAUUUUAAAAUAUUUUAUAUCUUAAAAUUGCCUAAUAUAUGUAAAAUAUAGAUGCCAGUUCAGAAAGAAGGAGAUAAUUCUUGAAGUUAGUGUGAAGUAUGUACAUCAUCAAAAAGAGUAGUAACUCUUCAGGUUAAUACGUAUUACAUAUCUGUAUAGUUGCCUCUGAUCUUAUUUGAUUAAACAAAACACUAUGCAGGUUAAAAUGCCUAAAGGUGUGAUUACAGCCUUUACUGUGAGGAACUGAAGUAUUGCUGAGAUAGCACAGAGCUUUACUAAGAUCUUAUUUUGAGCAGUGUGUGCAGUUUCAGUCUCCAUUUCCAAAAGAAGGGUAUGCAAGCCUUUUUGGUGCUGUGUGGAUUUGUGAUGUUGAUUUUCAGGACAAAGGGAUUGACCAAUGAAAAGAGAUCUAAUAAACUUGCUCUAUAUGGGAGGAUCUGGAAAAAAAGGGAGGUGGUCACAGUUAAGACCUACUAGAUUAUGAGAGUAUAAGAUGUUGAAGCAGCAGAGGCCAGACAAAGUGUGCAGAAUCUCAGACUGAUCAGUCGGCCAUCAAUGAUAGAAUGUUUCUUCAAGUAGAUAGUUGGAAAUCUUUAAAAUUCUCUACCUCUUGAAGCUCCACAUGAUCAGUCUUUAGUGUAUUUUCAAGGCUGAAAUCAGUAGAAUUUUAGACAAGGGAAUCAGAGGUAUUGACAAUGGGUAGCAAAGUUUACUUGAAACACGAUCUUAUUGAAUAGAUCAAGAUACUCCUCCUACUUGUAUUCUCAGGAAUUCCUUAUGCCUUUUUCAAAAAUCCCAUACUUUGUGAAUCUCGUAUCAACAUUUGUAGAGUAUAAGCCAAUAUACAAAAUAAGCCUAUUUUAUGACAACCCUGACACACUUGACUGGUCUGAUGAACAAAAAAGGAUAUUUUUAACAAAAUAUUUGCAGGGCUUCAUACUUUGAACCUCCUGCAACUGGAUAUUUCUAUAAUAAUAUAUUGAUUGCAAACAUGGCAAUUAACUACAACUAUUUCUAUGGCUUAGCUUAUGGAGACUUGUUUUAAAAUGUAACUAAAUGUACUUUUCUAAUGCAAUAUAAAUGGGUGAAAAUUUUAAACAAUAAAGAAAUUCAUACUGA